AUGGCGGCCCCUGCAUGGAGCCAAUCUGAAGACGAGGGCUUCAGCGACCAAAAUGAACAGGAGGCAAGCAGCAGAGAGGACUCUGAAGAUUCUGAGUCAUCACUCCGCGAUGUCCUAUAUAUGAAGAUGAGUGACUUGGUGGAGUUUCUACUCCUGAAGUAUCAUACAAAGCAGCCAACUACUAAGGCAGAAAUGCUGAGUAGGGUCAUCAAAGAGCAUCAGGAUCACUUCCCUGAGAUCUUUAGCCUAGCCUCUGAGUUUAUGCAGCUCCUCUUUGGUAUUGAUGUGAAGGAAGUGAACCCUAGCACCCAAACCUAUGUCCUGGUUACCACUCUGGGGCUCACAUAUGAUGGGAUGGUGUCAGAUGGGAAGUCCAUGCCCAACACUGGCCUCUUGGUCAUGCUCCUGAGAUUGAUCCUUGCAGAGGGCGACUGUGCCCCUGAGGAGAUAAUCUGGGAAGCACUGAAUGUCAUGGGUGUGCGUGACGGGAGGGAGCAUUGGAUCUAUGGGGAGCCCAGGGAGCUCAUCACCAAAGUUUGGGUGCAGGAACAGUACCUGGAGUACCAGCAGGUGCCCAACAGUGAUCCUGCACGGUACCAGUUUCUCUGGGGCCCCAGAGCUUAUGCUGAGACUACCAGGUUGAAAGUCCGAGAGACUUUUCAGAGGGAUUAUAGAAGGAAUCUCAGUUCUGUCUUAUACCUGUCUGAAGAGUCUAUGAGUAAUGAGGAAGAGGAGGUUUGA